GUUUCAGCGCAAAACUUUCGAUAUUGUCAUGACGGGCGAGUGUGAAGCGCGACGGCUCUGCGCAUGCGCACUGGAGUCCGCCUGGCCAAUUUCUCAGUACUCGUGGGAGAAUUUGGGCUGAUGGUGCGUGUGUGAUGGAGUCGUCAGGUGCGAGUGCAGCCGCUCCAGAGUUUGACGUGUACGGGGCGAUGGACUGGAAGGACGGGGUGGGGACUCUGCCUGGCAGUGAGCUCAAGUUCCGGGUGAACGAGUUUGGGGUGCUGGAGGUCAUAACGGAAGAGAUGGAGGAGGAGAGGGGCAAAAAAGCUCACGCCACCACCACAUGGAGCGUCCCAACCGCACAAGAGGCUCUCUCUGAAGGGUCAGUCUUAAAGCAGGAUUCUCCUUGGGCUCAGCGUGGCCUGGUGUGUGUGCGCUGUAACAGGAAGGGCUCUGCGGUGGACUUCCUGCCUGAUGGCCUUCACUGCAGCGAACGCUGUCUGCAGCAGGAGCAAGAAGAGCUGAAGACUGAAGGCUCCAGAAUGAACGGAGAGCUGCUGUCGAGGAAGAGGACGCGUCUGGAGAGAUCAGCUGAAGACAUGGACAGCUCCAUGGACAUCCCGGAGGAGGAGGACGAGGACUACGAAGAGAAAGAAAGCAGGCGACCAGCCAGAGGAGCAACACGAGGACGCAAGAAACGCAGAGGAGACGCAGCACUGCUCCGAUACACGGUGCCGUAUGGAGGCAAGAAGAAGGCCUGGUGCUGGGCCUCGUACCUGGAGCAGGAGAGAGCCAUCGCUGCACCCAGCAAACUCUUCAAAGAGUAUCAGUGUUUUCCACAGUGUAAGAAUGGCUUCAGGGUGGGCAUGAGGCUGGAGGGCAUCGACCCAGAACACCCGUCCAUGUACUGCGUCCUGACCAUUGCUGAGGUGUCAGGACAUCGAAUCAGACUCCACUUUGACCACUUUUCUGACUGCUAUGACUUCUGGGUAAACUCCAACUCUCCUGACAUUCACCCUGUGGGCUGGUGUGAGAAAACCGGACACAAGUUACACCCACCGAAAGGCAUGAAGGAUGAAGAGUUCAGCUGGUCUUCCUACAUCAAGCUCAAUAAAAUCCAGACGGCGCCCAAAGCCCUGUUUCAGAACCAGAACAUGACGGUGACUCCAUCAGGCUUCAGGGUCGGCAUGAAGCUGGAGGCCGUCUGCAGGAAAGACCCCACCUUCAUCUGCGUCGCCACUGUUACAGACAUGGUGGACAGCCGCUUCCUGGUGCACUUUGACAACUGGGAGGAAAGUUACGACUACUGGUGUGAUGCCACCAGUCCUUAUAUUCACCCGGUUGGCUGGUGUCAGGAGAACGGCAGGACCCUCAGCACCCCUCCAGGAUACCCUGAUGCGAGCAACUUCUCCUGGGAGAAAUACUUGGCCGAGACCAGCUCAUUACCAGCUCCUGCUCGAGCCUUCAAAGUGAAACCUCCUCAUGGUUUUCAGCUGAACAUGAAGCUAGAGGUGGUCGACAAGAGGAAUCCUGUUCUGAUCCGCGUCGCCACAGUAGCUGAUACAGACGAUCAUAGACUCUGGAUCCAUUUUGAUGGCUGGACAGAUGAAUAUGAUUACUGGAUCGAUGCAGACAGUCCAGACAUUCAUCCAGCUGGAUGGUGCGCCAAAACCGGACAUCCACUGCAGCCUCCUAUCACUCCACAGGACAUGUUUGAGGCGUCUGAGCAGACGGGAUGUCCCACUGCGGGCUGUCGAGGAGUGGGCCACAUUAAAGGAGCCCGAUACUCUGGACACCACAGUGCUGUCGGCUGCCCGUAUUCUGAUAUAAACCUCAACAAGGACUCUGUUCUGCCGGACCGCUUGAGCGCGGAGAUGCCGGGAGCUGGAGUGGGUCGUCCACGCAGACCAGAAGCAAACCAGGAGAUUUCAGCAGACGCUAAUGAUAAACCCAUCACCUCUGUCCCGCUGCUCCCGGAUAAACCAAACACUGCCGUCGAGGCGCCAGUCAAGAAACCUGCGGGCACUGAGACCAAGAGGAGGGUUGGACGUCCCUGUAAAGUGCGGAAGGUGGAAGUGCUGCCACAGGAAGAGGAAGUGGAGAGUGAAGUGUCUUCAGUCACCGAAACCAAAGAGUUGACUCUCCAGCAGGCUUUGCACCAAUCCGUCUUCAUGCCGUGUUCCAGCCCGUCUCCCAGCAUGCCUCACUGCUGGGAUCAGCACAGCAAGCUCCUUCCUACAGUUGCAGGCAUCACGGCCAGUAAAGUGGCAUCGUGGAGCAUUGAUGAGGUGAUCCAGUUUAUCCAAGGACUUCCAGGCUGUAAGGAACAAGUGCGCACCUUUAGAGACGAGCAAAUUGACGGCGAGGCCUUCCUGCUGCUGACUCAGGUGGACCUGGUGAAGAUCCUCAGCAUUAAACUGGGACCUGCUCUGAAAAUCUACAACUCCAUCCUGAUGUUUAAAACCACAGAAAACUCAGCCUGCAACGAGCUCUGAUGGUGAGCUGACAGAUCACUGCUGCUUCAGUCCAAGGGCUCGUCAUCAAGAUCUACACGCUGGCAGAAUGAGCCGCUUCAACACACACUCACACGACAUUCAUAGCUUACACACUCAAUGCUGAACCUCCCUCAUUCACAUACGUCUGUGUAUGCACGUAAGCUACAUGAUUAGCUCAUGUCGGGCCCUUGCAUUAAAGUGUAUUUCUCUGAGGGCUUAUGGAAAGUGUUGAUGUUUUCUGAAAUCAGGUGCUAAAGGAAUGCUACAUGCUAAUCGAGUGCUACAUGCUUAACGAGUGCUACACGCACUGAAGAGCCGCACAACUCCUGCUUAUGAUUGUCAUUCUUCCUAAAGCAAAGAUUCUGUUACAUACUAAUCCAACCAACAAGCAGUUCUGUGUUUAAAAGAUGUGUAAUAGAUGUGCAAACAUAGAAGUCGUGGCUACAAUCAGCUAAAGGCUAAAUUCAAGGCUGUCCAUGAAAAUCAAAUAAACAUCUAACAAUA